UUAAGGAGAUAUUCACAAAAGAGAAAGUAAACAGAGAAAUUCUCAUUGGUUUAUGUGCCCUUAUGAAAUGUUGACAUCGAAUUGACCCAUCUCGCCAUAAUACAAAACUUUAUUGUCAUUGUUUAUAUUUGAGUUUUUAUUGAAAAACUUAAAAUUUGCCGAAGAAUGUUCAAAUUUUCAAAAGAAGUUUCACUUAUCGGUUAUAGUUUCCUUGUGCCGAGUGUGAGUGUCGGAAAUGUGGCACAAUUAGCUGUUGAUCUGCUGAUAGAAACACUUAAGCUAGAAAAAGUUGGAAUGCUAUGGCACAGAGCUCUAAUCCCGGCAGUAGGACCUCCAGCAUUUGAUCACGACAAAGAUAAAGAUACUACAACGGCCGAACUGUACCUGUCAGAGCAAUGCAAACUGCUUGUACUUCAGAUUCGAGCACCGCUCGUUGGAGCACUGCAAUCCGAAUUUCUCAAUGAAUUAAGCGCCUUCGCGCGCAACCAAAGCAUGGCAGAAAUUAUCAUACUGAGCAGUAGUUUCGCUCACGAAAACCAUCAGAUCGGAGCACGACCAUACAAGUAUCUGGCGAAUGAAAAAUUUCUUACCAGCAAUGCCGAAACUUUGCAAACCUUACAGUGGGCCGCACUGGAAGGAAACGUUAUCCAUGGAGGUGGUUAUGCUGCCAAAUUGAUGAGCGCUUGCAAUGACCAACAACUAGCCUGUUUCGUGCUGUUCAAUUACGUUUCCGAGGGAGACAACAGAGCGGAUGCAGUUCAGCUGUUAUCGCUGUUAGGUAAACUGAAGACUACGUUGCUUCCGAAGGAGACAGAUGGAGUGCAGAUCAAGCUUGCGAUUCCCAGCUCAUGGAAGCAUCUAUUUGGCAAUGUUGCACCUGUUAACGUAUACUGAAUGGGAAUAAAAUUCACCUAUUUUUUUA